GAACAUCGGACAAGGAAGUAAACAAACAGCAGCAGGUCUUCAAUUAUUCAGGAACACAAUGGCUGUUUUCAACCCGAGACAAAUGUUUUCGAACCCGACACUGCCGUUUGUCGGGACUAUUCUGGGCGGUUUGGUACCGGGAGAGAUGGUUCUCGUCCAGGGAUCUGUGCCGCCCGACGCUGACCGGUUCCAGAUAGACUUCACCUGCGGCAGCAGCACCAAGCCGCGCGCAGACGUGGCGUUCCACUUCAACCCGAGGUUCAACAAGAAGUGCGUCGUCUGUAACUCGCUGCAGAACGAGCGCUGGGGCCGGGAGGAGAUCCUCCACAGGAUGCCCUUCAAGGUCGGAGCUGCGUUUGAGCUCGUCUUUCUGGUGCUGAAGGACUGCUUCAAGGUAGCGGUGAACGGAGCUCACCUGGUGGAGUACAAACACCGGGUGGACCUGGAGCGGGUCGACACCAUCAUGAUCUCUGGACGGGUCAGGAUUCAGGUUCUGGGCGUCGUCCCUCCUGCUUCUAAUCCCGUCUCUCCGGCUGCCAGUCUGACCAGUCUGGAGUCAGAGCCGGUGGUGUCAUCUUCAGGCGACCUGCGUAUUCCCUUCACACUGAGUCUGGGCGAAGGGCUGAGCGACAGACACAGGAUCAUCAUCAAAGGACAAAUCAACAAAAACGGCAUCAGUUUUGUUGUGAAUCUACGAGAGUCGAGCGGCACCAACAUAGCUCUUCACCUGAACCCUCGUAUGAAGAAGAAAGACUUCAUCAGGAACUCGUACCUGGGGGAGUGUUGGGGUCCAGAGGAGAAAAGUCUCGAGUGCUUCCCCUUCAGUGAUGGAGAGUACUUUGAGAUGAUCAUCAUUUGUGAGUCUCAGCAGUUCAGAGUUGCCGUAAACGGACGGCACCAACUGGACUACAAGCACAGAGUCCAGGACCUGACCCGCAUCAAGCAGCUGGAGGUUCUGGGAGAUGUUUCGCUGCUGGAUGUCAGGGUGCUCUGAGUCUGCUUGUGAACCGUGAACCGUUUCAUACGCUAAUCAUUCCUCUCACAUGUAUAAAUACAUAUUAACAAUUUAAAGAGUUUUAAUCCGGUCAAAAAAAGUCGAUUUAAAAAUAAUGCAGCAUAUUUAUAACAAGUGAUGUUCACAGUGACUGUCAUGAAGAGUUUUGUAAACAGUACUAAUAUAAAGUUUCACUUUGUUCAAGAUCAAUAAACCAUGUAAAAACAA